GUGCAAAGAUCUUUUUGUUCUUUUUAUAGAAAAGAGAGGAACACAAAGCGAUAGAGUAAAAACAGAGAGCGGCAGAAGAAGAAGGAAGAGGAAACUGAGAGAAGAGGUCCAUCUCUCUCUGUGUGUGUCUCUCUGUUUAUCUCAUUCAUCUCAUUAGUUUUGUCCUCAUUGCCUUUGAUCCCAUGCUUCUCUUACAAAGUUCAGUCCUGCCCUUUUGUCCUCAGAUCGACCAAAACAAGUACUCUUUUCUUCUUCCUUCUUCUACCUCAGACUAGCUUCUAGUGCCUGUUCUUUUUCCUUUUUGGUUGUUUUUCUAAUCGGAGAGAAAUGGGUACUGGUUGGAGACGAGCCUUCUGCACCACGAUUCCUCGGGAUCCAUCGGACACAAAGGUUUCAGAUCAAAAGCAGAGGAGCCCGAGUCCGAGCCCGAGCCCAAGAACCCGACUGAGUUUCUUCUCCUCCGGCGGUGGCAACCCGUCAACUCCGAGGCUGCAUGGUAAAACAGGGUCGGAGGCUCUGCUUCAGAAAUCGAAUAGUAUGCCUAAGCAAAAUGUUGCCGAGAGCCCCAGAGUCCUUGAAAUCAAAACAAGCAGCACUCCCAAAUCAUCUAAUCCGACUUCUCCUCGAUCCCCUCUCAAGCUCUCCCUCUUCAAGAACAGCUUCAAAUUUCGAAGUAGCUGUGGAAUUUGCUUGAAUAGUGUGAAAACCGGGCAAGGCACAGCGAUUUACACAGCAGAGUGUAGCCACGCCUUUCAUUUCCCCUGCAUAGCUUCUUAUGUACGGAACCAUGGAAGCCUCGUCUGCCCGGUCUGCAACUCUACAUGGAAAGACGUUCCUUUGCUGGCUAUGCAUAAAAACGCCACCUCUGAUCCCCAUCCGGCAGCCAACAACGACGUCGUUUCAGCACCCGUCACCCCGAAGCUGAAAGUUGAAGAGAAGAAGGUGAUUGCUGAAUCCCCAUCGCCCAGAUACACGUUGAAGCCAUACAACGAUGACGAGCCUCUUCUGUCUCCGACCGUCGGCGGCCGAAUUAUCUCCAUUCCUGAGGCCGACGAAGAGGACCUUGCUGACGAUGACGUCGAAGAGUUUCAGGGGUUCUUCGUUAAUCCUAACACAUCUUCUUCAGCCACGUAUUCCGAUGAUCCGAAAAUACAUGAUGACAAAGAAUUCAGGAACAAUGUGCAAGUGAGGCUGUUACCGGAGGCUGCUCUGUUGUCUUCCGGCCGGGGUUUCGAGACCUACGCAUUUGCUCUCAGAGUGAAGGCGCCAGCGCGUCAGACUACCAGCACGUACAUUCUGGACCCUUCCCACCGAGCUCCGAUUGAUUUAGUGACGGUGCUCGACGUCAGCGGAAGCAUGACAGGCGGGAAGCUCCAGAUGCUGAAGCGCGCCAUGCGCUUGGUCAUUUCCUCGCUCGGCUCCUCUGAUCGUCUUUCCAUCGUGGCCUUCUCGGCCUCCCCAAAGAGACUGAUGCCGCUGAAGAGAAUGACGGCGAAUGGCCAGCGCGCGGCUCGGCGCGUUGUUGACCGGCUGGUCUGCGGUCAGGGGAGCAGUGUUGGGGAGGCCCUGAGGAAGGCCACGAAGGUUCUGGAAGAUCGGAGGGAGAGGAAUCCGGUGGCGAGUAUCAUGCUCUUAUCGGACGGUCAGAACGAGAGGGUGAACAACAGCAAUUCGGGCUCGACCAAUCAACGUCCAGGAUCAAACUACGUGUCGUCCACCCGGUUCGCCCACAUUGAGAUUCCGAUUCAUGCUUUCGGGUUUGGCCAGAACGCCGGGUACUGCCAGGAGCCGGCGGAGGACGCCUUUGCAAAAUGCGUAGGGGGUCUGCUAAGCGUUGUCGUUCAGGACUUGAGAAUCCAGCUCGGCUUCUCAUCCGGCUCUGCUCCGGCGGAGAUAACCGCCAUUUAUUCCUGCAACGGGCGCCCCACCGUGCACGGCUCGGCUUCGAUUCGGCUCGGAGAUAUGUACGCCGAGGAAGAGAGAGAGUUGCUAGUUGAGCUGCGCAUUCCUACCUCUGCAGCUGGGACUCACCACGUGAUGUCAGUUAGGUGCUUAUACAAAGACCCGGCUACGCAAGAGGUUGUCUACGGCAAGGAGCAGGGACUAGUGGUGCCGCUUACACAGACCGCCGUCCGAUCGGUGUCUUCAAAUCCGAAGAUCCGACGCCUGAGAAGCCUUUUCUUUACCACACGUGCCGUGGCGGAGUCACGGAGGCUGGUGGAGCACAAUGACUUCCAAAGUGCACAUCACUUGCUAGCAUCAACUAGAACUUUGCUAAUCCAGUCCGGCUCGGCUUCAGCCGACGAGUAUGUUCGGGCAUUGGAGGCUCAGCUUGCAGAGGUGCAUUGGAAGAGGCAGAAUCAGCUAGAGGAGCAGCACCAGCAGCAGAUGAUAAUGCAGCGGCGGAGACAAAGCGAGAGGGAGAGGGAGAGAGAAAUGGGGUCAGCGGCUGUCGACGAGAAUGGCGAGGCGCUGACGCCCACUUCCGCAUGGAGGGCAGCGGAGAAGCUGGCUAAGGUGGCUAUGAUGAAGAAAUCACUGAAUAGGGUCAGUGACUUGCACGGGUUUGAAAAUGCUAGGUUUUAAUGUUGAAAAUUUUAGAAUAAAAAUGGUCCUUUUUUUAUCUUCUGUGGAAA